GUCGAUUGUUGGGCUAUCUAUUAAGCCGAAUACUACGUAAAAAUAGUAUAUUUUUCAAAGAGAAUAGAGAUAGCUCAAGACGCUCUGGAGAAGGAGUGCUCGGGAUCUAAAGCGCAAAAACGUUUUAAUUCUUACACUGAAGGGGAACUUUGUAAAAAGAGUUCGACCUUCAUCAGAGAUUGGCACGGCGAAACUUCCGUGAUUAAUCAUGGAGAUGCAUGGGCUCCCAACUUUUUGGUCAGAACACUUCCAAACGGUCAGAUUGAGGUAUUAAUGCUCGAUUUCCAGUUGGCUAGGAGCGCUCUUCGCCCAUUCUCGAUUUGUCAUUUUUUAUGUACUCGUGUACCGAGAAAACAUUGAGAGAUCGAUAUUUCGAAAACUGGUUGAAAAUGUACCACGAUGAAUUAUCGGGAGUCAUCGCUUUGCUUGGCUCGGACCCACAGAAGGUAUAUUCUUGGGCGACUUUUAUGAAUGAGGUUCAAGAAAAAUUUGUUCAUGGAGUCACAUAUAGCCUGGAAUCGGUAACUUUUAGUAUGCUAUCUUCGGAUGAGACGUUUUAUUUGGAUGCAAUGAAAGAUGAAAAAGUUGACAUCGCUGAUGUUUUUACAUUGAAAAAUAUCGAGAAGUCAGAGAAUAGAAAACGAUUGACUGAUGUGAUUUCGCACGCUGUUGAAAGAGGCUUUUUGUAAAUAAGUGCAAUUUUAGAUUAACGAUAAAAAUUAGAAAUGAGCAAUCCAAAUGAUAAUUUACGACGAAAAGAUGUAAGAGUAAAAGCUGGAAGAUAUUAGUAAUGCUCUUUUUGUACAAGGAAGUAUUUUUUGCAUUUGAUAUGAAAAGUUUCUGUUGAACUAUUAUAUUACCCUACCAGAGAUUAUUAUAUAUUUUUUAAAUCAAUAAAAAUUAAAAUCAAAUAGAAAACAUUUUGAGAAAAGUCAUAUUAUUUCUGAAUAUCUAGAGCUUUUUUCUAGAAAAAAAGUUUGAGCUUUUUAAAAAACGCAAGACACAAGAAGAAAAUGGACAGAAAAAAACUAAUUGUUUUAUAAUUUUUUUAUUGUCACUUUCUUUUUUUUUUAGAAAACAUCUAUUAAACUCAUGUACUUUUAAUGGACAUUUUCGAAUUUUACUUCUCGUUUUUUUUUAAAUCUACGAAAGCAUCUAAUAAUAGUUACUAUGGAUUUUCCAUUGAACGUAUUCCAGUGCCAGGCAUCAACGUGUGCAUUUGAAAGAAGUAUCGUGUCUCAAAGAUUCAAGUGCUGUUUGCUAUAUUGCUAGUUUUUUUUUUUGUAGAUCCUAUAUUAUCGUGAUACAUAACUAUAUUUUUUUUAUUUCCUCUCCUAUUUAUAUAAUAUUAAUUUUGCACAAUAGAUCAGCGAUGAUUCGGAGGCAUUUCUCGUUUUUGAAAAUGUUUUUUUUUUCUCGCGAAAGUACAAACGCAGAUUCAUUUUCAUAUUCUCCCGAGGAGGGAGAGAUAGACAUGGAGGACGCGGGCAAGCGUGCUAGGCCAUGCAUGCAACAAAAAAUUACAAAAAAUAUGCUUUUUUUACACUCAAUCUAACAAUUCUUUAUGUACAGGGCAGUUCGUGAAGAUUUCAUAUGCUCGCUCUCUUGACCCAUUUAUAUCACUUAAGGCAGACAUCUGUACUGUACAAAUGAGUCUUACACACACUUUUUUAGAUGCAUCAAUCGAGGUGGCAUUAGAUGAACAAUAAAAAAUUCCGUACGACGGCAACUGUAUGGAUGGAAAAAUAUUUUUCCACUGCAAAUUAUGCUGGAUUUCGUUUCAUAUUCCAAAAAUUAAUGAAGUAGAUGA